CCGUCCCCAGGAUCUGACGUGGGCUCGACACCUUUCUCAGCUUCUCCCUCCCGCAGCUUCAGUGCCCGAGCCUCAGCUCUCCAGGUUCUGCAACCCCUUCUCCUCCCCUCCUCACCAAGCCCCACUAGAGCACAGUAGGAACCCUCCCUAUUUUCGACCCCACCUUAGGUCCCCGGGACCUGUUUUGCCUCGACCCACUCCCCCAGCUUAGAAUCCAGCCAACCCGGGGGACCCAGGCGCCUGAGCCAGAGGGUAACCCAGGCGACCCGGCUCCUUCGCCCUUCUCGGCCCCACCCCCUGCAGCCGGAGCCGCGCCCCCUCUCCCACACACUCGACAGCAGAGGACAGAAGAGAUUGGGCAAAGAGGGGUGGGCUCCAGGCGACCCCCCUACCUAGUUCUACCUCUCCAUCCCAAAGGGCAGAAAAAUUGUCUCCCUUACUAACUGCUAGUAGGGGGUAAAAAUUAACAAGAAAGAUAAAAGGAGACGGAGGAAAGGUGACAGCUAGAUUAUUUAGGAGAGUCGCAGAGGAGAGAAAUCGGUGUGAGUCGCCAUGGGGACUCCCAGGGCCCAGCAUCCGCCGCCUCUCCAGCUGCUGUUCCUGUUUCUGCUGAGCUGUCCCUGGAUUCAGGGUCUGCCCCUGAAGGAGGAGGAGGCAUUGCCGGAGCCUGGAAGUGAGACCCCCACAGUAGCCUCUGAGGCCUUGGCGGAGCUGCUCCAUGGGGCCCUGCUGAGGAAGGGCCCAGAGAUGGGAUACCUGCCGGGAUCUGAUCCAGACCCCACACUAGCAACCCCUCCAGUCGGCCAGACUAUUGCAGCACCCUUUCCGCCUCGGGCCACUGAGCCGGGCACAGGGCCUCUGACAACCGCCGUAACCCCUAAAGGGGGUAGGGGGGCAGGCCCCACCGCGCCAGAGCUGCUGACCCCGCCCCCAGGAACCACAGCCCCGCCCCUUCCCGGUCCAGCCUCUCCAGGCCCACCCUUGGGGCCCGAGGGAGGAGAAGAGGAGACCACGACCACCGUUAUCACCACGACAACUGUCACCACAACAGUGACCAGCCCAGUUCUGUGUAAUAACAACAUCUCCGAAGGCGAAGGGCACGUUGAAUCCCCAGAUUUAGGGAGCGCAGCCAGCUUCACCUUGGGGCUCCUGGACUGCACGUACAGUAUCCAUGUCUACCCUGGCUACGGCAUUGAGAUCCAGGUGCAGAUGCUGAACCUGUCUCGGGAGGAGGAACUUCUGGUGCUGGCUGGUGGGGGGUCUCCAGGUCUGGCCCCCCGACUCCUGGCUAACUCCUCUAUGCUGGGUGAAGGACAGGUCCUUCGGAGUCCCACCAACCGGCUGCUCCUGCACUUUCAGAGCCCACGGGUCCCCAGGGGUGCUGGCUUCAGGAUCCACUAUCAGGCCUACCUCUUGAGCUGCGGCUUCCCUCCCCAGCCAGCCCAUGGGGACGUGAGUGUGACAGACCUUCACCCUGGAGGCACUGCCACUUUCCACUGUGAUUCGGGCUACCAACUGCAUGGAGAGGAGACCCUCGUCUGCCUCAAUGGCACCCGGCCAGCCUGGAGCAGUGAGCCCCCUAGCUGCGUGGCAUCCUGUGGGGGCACCAUCCACAAUGCUACUCUUGGCCGCAUCGUGUCCCCUGAGCCUGGGGGAGCUGCAGGACCCAACCUCACCUGCCGCUGGGUCAUUGAAGCAGCCGAGGGACGCCGGCUGCACCUGCACUUCGAGAGAGUCUCGCUGGAUGAGGACAAUGACCGGCUGAUGGUACGCUCAGGGGGCAGUCCCCUCUCACCAGUGAUCUAUGACUCGGACAUGGAUGAUGUCCCAGAGCGGGGUCUCAUCAGUGACGCCCAAUCCCUCUAUGUGGAGCUGCUUUCAGAGACACCUGCCAAUCCCUUGCUGCUAAGCCUCCGAUUUGAAGCCUUUGAGGAAGAUCGCUGCUUCGCCCCCUUCCUGGCACAUGGCAACGUCACCACCACGGACCCUGAGUACCGCCCAGGGGCACUGGCCACCUUCUCGUGCCUCCCAGGAUAUGCCCUGGAGCCCCCUGGCCCCCCCAAUGUCAUUGAAUGCGUGGAUCCUACAGAACCCCACUGGAAUGACACGGAGCCAGCGUGCAAGGCCAUGUGUGGAGGGGAGCUGUCAGAGCCAGCGGGUGUGGUCCUCUCUCCGGAUUGGCCCCAGAGCUAUAGCCCUGGCCAAGACUGUGUGUGGGGUCUGCAUGUCCAGGAAGAGAAACGCAUCUUGCUCCAAGUUGAGAUCUUGAAUGUGCGCGAAGGGGAUAUGCUGACGCUGUUCGAUGGGGACGGUCCAAGUGCACGAGUCCUGGCCCAGCUGAGAGGGCCUCAACCGCGCCGCCGCCUCCUCUCCUCUGGGUCCGACCUCACGCUGCAGUUCCAGGCACCGCCCGGACCCCCCAACCCGGGCCUGGGCCAGGGUUUCGUGUUGCACUUCAAAGAAGUCCCGAGGAACGACACGUGCCCCGAGCUGCCGCCUCCGGAGUGGGGCUGGAGGACGGCCUCCCAUGGGGACCUGAUCCGGGGCACUGUGCUUACUUAUCAAUGCGAGCCUGGUUAUGAGCUGCUCGGCUCCGACAUUCUCACCUGCCAAUGGGACCUGUCCUGGAGCGCAGCGCCGCCCGCCUGCCAAAAAAUCAUGACUUGUGCAGACCCGGGUGAGAUCACCAAUGGGCACCGCACCACCUCCGAUGCCGGCUUCCCGGUUGGCUCCCAUGUCCAGUACCGCUGUCUGCCCGGGUACAGCCUGGAGGGGGCGGCCGUGCUCACCUGCUACAGCCGGGACACGGGCACGCCCAAGUGGAGCGACCGGGUCCCCAAGUGCGCCUUGAAGUACGAGCCGUGCCUGAACCCUGGGGUGCCAGAGAAUGGCUACCAGACACUAUACAAGCAUCACUACCAGGCUGGCGAGUCUCUGCGCUUCUUCUGCUAUGAGGGCUUUGAGCUCAUCGGCGAGGUCACCAUCACCUGUGUGCCCGGCCACCCCUCCCAGUGGACCAGCCAGCCUCCACUCUGCAAAGUGGCCUUUGAGGAGCUCCUGGACAACCGAAAACUGGAAGUGACCCAGACCACUGACCCGUCACGGCAGCUAGAGGGUGGGAACCUCGCCUUGGCCAUUCUGCUGCCCCUGGGCUUGGUCAUCGUCCUCGGGAGUGGUGUUUACAUAUACUACACCAACCCCUCUAUCUCCUUCCUUUCCCAGGCUACAGGGAAAAUCCCUCUUCGGCUUCUCGGGCUCCCAUUCCUACAGCCCCAUCACGGUGGAGUCAGACUUCAGCAAUCCACUGUAUGAAGCGGGGGAUACACGCGAGUAUGAAGUAUCCAUCUGAACACCAAGACAAAGGCUGCAGGACGCCCUUCCUCUCCUCAUUCUGGGCAGGAAGGAGCACAGGACCUGGUCUCUGGCUUCCUUCCUCCCUGCUGUGUAAAUAGUCUCCUGGUCCCACAAGGGGGCUUUGAUGGCCCUGGGGACCCUACAGUAAAUAAACCAGCAUCCUGUGCCCAAAGCCUCCUCUUCUCAGUUGCCAAACAAGGGGCCUGCCCCACCAACUCUACCUGCUUUUGGACCCUGGGAGGGGAACUCAGUCCCGGCUGCAACUGCUGGGGCGCCUCCAGCCCAGGGCACCCCACAGGGACUAUACCCAAGAGCUCUGCUAUUCCCUUGGCCAGGAAGGCUCUGUCCUUCCCAGUUGCUCUGGCCCUGGCCUAACCUCUAACCCUAGAGGGUCAGAAGAAGAGGGAUGAAGCGGAGAGCUAGGACAAGACCCCUACCCCUUUCCUGCCAUGUCCCCUCCCCAUGGUGUCCCCGCCUUUGCUUCUGGAUUUUUGGUUUUGAGCAAUAAACAGAAAAUCACCAUU